GGCGGCUGCUCGCCGAGGCACACUCGCGCUUCGGGCUCCGGGCGCGCUGGUCGGCUCCACUCUGCGGCCCCAGUCGCCCCGCGUCCUCGUCGCCUCGCGUCCCCGCCGGGGGCCAUGGGCCCGCGCCGCGAGCACCGUCGCCGACCGCAAGCACCCGAGCCCCGGGGCGUGCGCUGACGCGGGCACCGCUGCCAACUUCGUGCGGAGCUGCGGGCGGCGCGGGCGGCAUGAAGACGAGCCGCCGCGGCCGAGCGCUCCUGGCCGUGGCCUUGAACCUGCUGGCGCUGCUCUUCGCCACCACUGCCUUCCUCACCACGUACUGGUGCCAGGGCACGCAACGGGUGCCCAAGCCUGGCUGCGGCCAGGGCGGCGGCGCCAACUGCCCCAACUCGGGCGCCAACGCCACGGCCAACAGCACAGCCGCCCCCGUCACCGCGAGCCCGGCCGACGCGCCCUACAGCUGGGAAGCGGGCGACGAGCGCUUCCAGCUGCGCCGUUUCCACACUGGCAUCUGGUACUCCUGUGAGGAAGAGCUCGGUGGCCCGGGUGAGAAAUGUCGCAGCUUCAUUGACCUGGCCCCAGCAUCGGAGAAAGGGGUGCUGUGGCUGUCGGUGGUCUCCGAGGUGCUCUACAUCCUUCUGCUGGUGGUCGGCUUCAGCCUCAUGUGUCUUGAGCUCCUGCACUCCAGCAGCGUCAUAGACGGGCUGAAGCUCAAUGCCUUUGCUGCCGUCUUUACGGUGCUCUCAGGUCUCCUGGGAAUGGUCGCACACAUGAUGUACACACAGGUGUUCCAGGUCACCGUGAGCCUCGGUCCUGAAGACUGGAGACCUCAUUCCUGGGACUACGGGUGGUCCUUCUGCUUGGCCUGGGGUUCAUUUACCUGCUGCAUGGCGGCGUCUGUCACUACGCUCAACUCCUAUACCAAGACAGUCAUUGAGUUCCGGCAUAAGCGCAAGGUCUUUGAGCAAGGAUACCGGGAGGAGCCGACAUUCAUAGACCCCGAGGCCAUCAAAUACUUCCAGGAGAGGAUUGAGAAGGGGGACGUGAGUGAAGAGGAAGACUUCCGCCUUGCCUGCCGCCACGAGAGAUACCCCACCCGGCACCAGCCACACAUGGGAGACUCCUGGCCACGGAGCUCAGCUCAUGAGGCGGCAGAGCUAAACCGUCAGUGCUGGGUCCUGGGGCACUGGGUGUGAUGCGGCCCAAGCGCCCUGGCCUUCCUGCCAUCACUGGCACGCCCCUCCCACAGGACACGGAAGCCUGGUCCCUGUGCUGUGGACUCAGCUCUCCUGUUGUGGAGACACCAGGCCUAGACUGCCACCACUGCCUGGGUCUCGGGGCCCCAGAAGUGGGUCAAGCAGGCCUAAGGGACUGUCCAGGUGGCACAGAGACUUGGAGACAGCGGCCACCACCACACUUAGAGCCCCAGCCAGCUGGAAAGCCAGGAAGAACAUGGGCAUUGACCACUGGAUGCUGGACACCCACAGCCAGCCACAAAGUCAAGCAGGUGCCCACAGGGGCAGGGGCCUGUGCGGACAGGGAGCAGGGCUUAUUGAGGGAGAGGCAGUGUCUGCCUCUGUGGGGACCACAGAGCAGGCACACAGCAGGGGCUCAAUAAAUGCUUGUUGAAUCUGUUCUCUUGCUAUGUAUGGGCUGGCUCCCCCAUCAUUACCUUACCCGAGAUAUGAGCCCUGGGCACUGAGAUCAGCUAGAAUCCAGCCCGGCCUGGGGAAGAUCAAGAUAGAGACAGGUGGGCAGAGCAGGAGGGGAAGGCCAGGAGCUAGAAGCAGCACGUGUUUAGGAACUUCAGCAAUGAGACACCACCCUGUGUCUAGGGCCACUUUAUAGAAAACCUCUGGCUCAGCUGCCUGGGGGAAAAACAAUUCCUGUCUUGACUAUGAGAGCUUGGGUCCAGAGAGGGAAAUUUCUUGCUUGAGACUAGAGAUGACAUGUGGAACUGUGAGUUUAAACCAGACUUGCUCCAAGUUUAGUCUCCCAAGAGCCUAAUACUGCCAUGAAGGAUUGGCAGACCAAGGCAGAAUGUGGUCUUCUCCUUCAUUCAUCCACCCAUUGCCCAUCCAUGGCCCACUGUCCUGCCAGCCGGCCAUUUAGCCAGCAGCAUUCAGCCACCAUCAUCUACUGCCACUCAUCUGUGCAUCCAUUCAUCCAUACAUGAUCCAUCCAUUCACCAUCCAGUCACCCAUCACCCAUCAUUUAACCACCUACCCAUCCAUGUGUCAUGACCAUUUAACCAACAUCCAUCCAUCCAUCCAUCCAUCCAUCCAUCCAUCCAUCCAUCCACUAAUAUGUGGUUCAUCCAUCUAAUCCUUCACCCAUUCAGCAGCAUGUAGCCACUCAUCACCUAUCCAACCAUCCAUCUAUCCAGCCAGCCAGCCAGCCAGCAUCCAUCCAUCCACCACCCUCAAUUAUCCAUUCACCCAUGAUUCAGCCACCCAUUAUCCAUCUGUCACUGUCAUUCCUCCCCUUGUCAAUCAUCCAUCCACCCAUCCAUGCUUCAGUCAUUUUCAUCAUCCAGCUAUUUAUCUGUGCAUCUGUCUGCAUACAGGUGUCAUCUACUGUGCUCCUACUGUGUGCCACACAGUGUGACAGGUCCUUGAGAUGGAACACUGAUGUUUCCAGUGAAGCAGACAAGGGAUGGAAUGGGAGGUGACAGCUCAGUGUAUUAGUGCUGGGUGUGGUACCUGCUCUGGAGUCAGACUGCCUAGCAUCAGAUCCUGUCUCCUCAGCCCCGGUGGCCUUACCCUGUAGAUGGGACUCUUCACUGUACCUACCUCUUACAGCUGCUGGGGGUGGGGGCGGUGGUGACGCAGACUGGUGCCUGUGAGCACAGGGAGUCUAGACCAUGGAAAGCACCCUGCCAACAUGUCAACGAGGAGAGUUGGGGCCAUGGAGCUGAGGCAGUGCCUGUCGGAGACCACCUGAAGGACUAGUGAUCAAGGGAAUGAUAUCCAAGCCAUCUCGCUGGUGUCACAUUGUGGAAGGAAGGACAGGACAGGAGGGGGCUUUCAAAUGGUCCAAAGGCAAGCAUGGAGGGAUUGGAGGGCUGGGUAACCAGACUGCAGAGAGGACUCAAAGCUUCACUGGGAACCUGUAGCUUAUCCUGGGGACAGAUGGGUGCUCUGGGCAGGGUGGGACAGGCCAAAGUGAGGUGUGUAGUCUAGAAAGUCACCGCAGCUCCAGGCUAGAGUAGAUGAUGAAGACGGGACUCCCAUGUCCUGGCAGGGCCCUAAGUGUGAGGAGAGUGCUGUAGGUGAGGAACGAGGCCCAUGGAGGGCCAAGAGGAGGGACUGACAUGGGAGGAGAGGGCUUAAGGUGCUGUCCUGUGUCAGGCAGGGCACGAGGGGCAAAGGAGGACUCCUUGCUUCUGUAUGCAGGCAUGGCUGUGCUCAGUCACUCUGAGAGCACCUCUCUGUGUUCACACAGUUGGCGACUCUUGGGGAGACAAAGUCGACCUGGCAGAGUCCUGCACAGUUGUGAGGGCACCAGAAGACCAGUAUGUGGAGUGGUGGCACUGGCCUUUCACAAGUGGGAGCCACUGGGAUAGAACCUGAGCAUGGUCAUUGGUCUGGAAUCUGACCCUGCCACCAGGAACUUUGUAGGUCUUAGUGGUCAUCCAGGGGCCCUGUGAAGUUGGUCAUGGCCCCAGCAGGUCUAAGAAAUGAUUUUAGUUGCAAAACUGCCAUCUAUUUUAAUAGCUGUGUUUAUGUAAAUGUGUAUUAGAAAACUGUGUAUGGGCGUGUCCACGCUCCAGAUGCAGGCACUGCUGUGUAGAAUGAACCACAAUAGGCAUUUCAAUAAAAAGAGUUGGCUUAAAGAAAAAUACUAAAUAAAUAAUCAUGCAAGUGG